AACAUAGCAGCCGUGUUCUGGGCAGCUCAGCCUCACAUUGUUCCCUCCUGGCUCUGGGGACAGUUCUGGAUCACUGCUCUUCACUAUGGGCUUCAGACUCAGACCUACAUCGUCCUGCACCAGGACCUGCCCACUUCAUAACCUCCAGAUAUUGCUGCUGCUGGGCCUGAUCCUUGUUGCGCUGGCUCCCCUUACAGCUGGAAAACCGAAUGGCAUGGACCCAUAUAUCGAACUGCGCUGCAGAUGUACGAAUACCGUCUCUGGAAUCCCAUUCAAUUCUAUCUCCCUUGUGAAUGUGUACAGGCCAGGAGUUCACUGUGCUGAUGUGGAAGUGAUAGCCACACUGAAGAAUGGACAAAAAGCGUGCCUGGACCCAAAUGCCCCUGGCGUCAAGAGAAUCGUCAUGAAAAUCUUGGAAGGUUACUGACCAGCUGCUUCGUCUGUGCCAAACCAUUUUCCUGCGCAGGAAGGGUUGAGGGUUUGAAAUUUGGACUCGGUAGAAUUAUUUUUCCACUUUGAAACUGGGAUGAUCUCUCGUUCUGUCUCAGAAAUCACACUGUAUUUUGAGAAGGCAUGAUAAAGAAUGUCACAACAAACAAACAAACAAUGAUGAAGAUGAGCAAGCCAAGUUGUAACCUGCAAUUUAUGGUCUAUUUCUGCAGUUCUUGGCUAAACAUUCUGACAUGCCCUGCAUUUCUCUAUUUGAGCUUUUCUUUUCAAAUGUCCUAUGUCAAGUUUUCAUUCUGAGUUUUUAAUAAUUAUUUCUUUUAGUUUUGAGAUUAUAAUUAGAUCACUUCCCCUUUCAUUUUUCUCCCUCUGAACCCUUCUGUAUACCCAUCCUUGCUCUCUUCAAAUCCAUGGCUGCUUUUUUUCCCAUUGAGCAUUGUUAUAUACAUAUAUAAUGAUAAAUUUCAUAGUGGUCAAUUGCAACGGAAAUCGCCUGGAGUCAAGCAGUUUUUGCUCUGGUCAUGACCAUGUUUUUCCAAUGUCUUAUCCCUAGAAUGCCUUGUUUCCAAGAAACCUCUGCAACAUUUUACAUAUGUUUACUUGAAACUGAACACAAUAAAAUCAUAGAAAGUAAA